CGUCGCAGCCGCGGCGGGGGAGAGAAAGGCGACCUGCGCGCUCGCCUGGCUGCCUGUGCCCCUGGCUCGCUCGGCCAUCGUCCAGGGCUCCCGCAAGCUCCCGCGGCCGGCCAGACAAGGGACAGAAGACAGCUCUGGCCCAGCAUGGGAGAAGAGAUCCCGCAGCUGCAAGAAAGGCCGUAUUUGGAGCAGCUUCGGGGCAUCAGAGGGCUGGAUUAUUCUUCCUUGCAUAUGUGCAGGUCCAGGAGAAGCAUGAAGCGGGACGAGAGCAAGGAAACCUACAAACUGCCCCACCGACUGAUAGAGAAGAAGAGGCGAGACCGGAUUAACGAGUGUAUCGCCCAGUUGAAGGACUUACUACCGGAACACCUGAAAUUGACAACAUUAGGGCAUCUGGAGAAAGCUGUAGUUCUGGAAUUAACUCUGAAACACCUAAAAACUUUAACGGCCUUAACAGAACAGCAGCAUCAGAAAAUAAUUGCUCUACAGAACGGAGAAAGGUCUCUGAGGUCUCCUCCACAGUCAGACCUGGACGCUUUCCAUUCGGGAUUCCAAACCUGCACCAAAGAAGUCUUGCACUACCUCUCCAGAUUUGAGAGCUGGACUGCGCGGGAGCAGCGGUGUGCCCAGCUCAUCAGCCACCUGCACUCGGUUUGCACGCGAUUCCUCCCCAGCUCUCCGUUCUUGAUCCCAAACCUUUGCGGGAACAAAGGAACAUGCCCUCCCCGCUCGGCUUCGCCUGUGGGGCAGCACCAGCACCCCGCCGGUGGCGGCGGGGGCCUGAAGCAGGAGAUCCAGCCAAACUGUGUGCCUGUCAUCCAGAGGACGCGGAACUGGAACAGCCACCCUGCCCCCCACCUGCCCCCCAGUGGCAUGGAGCUGGCCGGGGAGAACGACACCGACACGGACAGCGGCUAUGGCGGGGAAUGCGAGGGGAAGCCGGAGGGCCAGAAGAGCCAGGCUGGCUCGAUUGUCAAGCAGGAGCCCUCUGGGGACAGGGAUGAGCGCCCUCCCCGCCUCUUCCCCUGCAAGGCAGCUGGGCAAAACGCAGACACGGAUCGCCUUUCUCCAAAGCCACCUUUGCAGCCCGGCUGGGAGAAGCCUGUGUAA